AUGGAAUUAAGGUCGGGUGUUUGGAGAGACCACAAACCCAUUUUUUCCUCUAAAUUAACCAAACGAUUCUUGUUGUUUAUGUCUUCGAAACACGUUUUUGUGUUGGGUGUAAAAAAGAAGAUAGAUUCAAGUUGGGUUUGGGUUUUGGGUUUGGGUUUGGGUUUGGGUUUGGGUUUGGGUUUGGGUUUGGGUUUGGGUUUGGGUUUGGGUUUGGGUUUGGGUUUGGGUUUGGGUUUGGGUUUGGGUUUGGGUUUGGGUUUGGGUUUGGGUUUGGGUUUGGGUUUGGGUUUGGGUUUGGGUUUGGGUUUGGGUUUGGGUUUGGGUUUGGGUUUGGGUUUGGGUUUGGGUUUGGGUUUGGGUUUGGGUUUGGGUUUGGGUUUGGGUUUGGGUUUGGGUUUGGGUUUGGGUUUGGGUUUGGGUUUGGGUUUGGGUUUGGGUUUGGGUUUGGGUUUGGGUUUGGGUUUGGGUUUGGGUUUGGGUUUGGGUUUGGGUUUGGGUUUGGGUUUGGGUUUGGGUUUGGGUUUGGGUUUGGGUUUGGGUUUGGGUUUGGGUUUGGGUUUGGGUUUGGGUUUGGGUUUGGGUUUGGGUUUGGGUUUGGGUUUGGGUUUGGGUUUGGGUUUGGGUUUGGGUUUGGGUUUGGGUUUGGGUUUGGGUUUGGGUUUGGGUUUGGGUUUGGGUUUGGGUUUGGGUUUGGGUUUGGGUUUGGGUUUGGGUUUGGGUUUGGGUUUGGGUUUGGGUUUGGGUUUGGGUUUGGGUUUGGGUUUGGGUUUGGGUUUGGGUUUGGGUUUGGGUUUGGGUUUGGGUUUGGGUUUGGGUUUGGGUUUGGGUUUGGGUUUGGGUUUGGGUUUGGGUUUGGGUUUGGGUUUGGGUUUGGGUUUGGGUUUGGGUUUGGGUUUGGGUUUGGGUUUGGGUUUGGGUUUGGGUUUGGGUUUGGGUUUGGGUUUGGGUUUGGGUUUGGGUUUGGGUUUGGGUUUGGGUUUGGGUUUGGGUUUGGGUUUGGGUUUGGGUUUGGGUUUGGGUUUGGGUUUGGGUUUGGGUUUGGGUUUGGGUUUGGGUUUGGGUUUGGGUUUGGGUUUGGGUUUGGGUUUGGGUUUGGGUUUGGGUUUGGGUUUGGGUUUGGGUUUGGGUUUGGGUUUGGGUUUGGGUUUGGGUUUGGGUUUGGGUUUGGGUUUGGGUUUGGGUUUGGGUUUGGGUUUGGGUUUGGGUUUGGGUUUGGGUUUGGGUUUGGGUUUGGGUUUGGGUUUGGGUUUGGGUUUGGGUUUGGGUUUGGGUUUGGGUUUGGGUUUGGGUUUGGGUUUGGGUUUGGGUUUGGGUUUGGGUUUGGGUUUGGGUUUGGGUUUGGGUUUGGGUUUGGGUUUGGGUUUGGGUUUGGGUUUGGGUUUGGGUUUGGGUUUUGGGUUUGGGUUUGGGUUUGGGUUUGGGUUUGGGUUUGGGUUUGGGUUUGGGUUUGGGUUUGGGUUUGGGUUUGGGUUUGGGUUUGGGUUUGGGUUUUGGGUUUGGGUUUGGGUUUGGGUUUGGGUUUGGGUUUUGGGUUUGGGUUUGGGUUUGGGUUUGGGUUUGGGUUUGGGUUUGGGUUUGGGUUUGGGUUUGGGUUUGGGUUUGGGUUUGGGUUUGGGUUUGGGUUUGGAG